AGUUAGCAAUUAGCACUACUAUAAAUCCGAUAUUAUUAUAUUUUACCGUAAUAACUUCUUCGGGGUGACUUUAUUCGUCUUGUAGGGUUUAUAAACCGUGGUUAUGUGCCGUUAGGACCUUUUCCGACGCUUCGAGCAGAUACUUAUUAAGAGUUUUCUGCCAAGCCGAGAUUAGCAUUCAGUCACCAUGCAGGACAACAAACAGAUGGAGUUUAAACCCCAUCAGAGUCACAUAGACUAUGAGAAGAAGCUUAAAGAACUCAGGAGCAACUUCCUCGAGAAGAUCAAGGCUCUUGAAGGCCAAAUUGAGAAACUGAAUGCUGAGAAGGAGGAACUGAAGAUUUUUUACAAAAAGACCCUGAAAGAGAUGAAGGAGAAACAUGCUAAAGAGUUGGACGAUAUGGAAAAUACGCACGUACACGAGAUAUUUCAAGCCUUUACAGAACAAGAGGUUUUGGAGAAGAAAAUAGAGGAGCUGCGCAAGGAUUACAUGGAGAAACUGAAUGAGGAAGAGGACAACCUUUUCCUUACAAUGAACAUCAAGCGGGCCUGUGAUAAGCAGCUUCAGGAGCAAAAAGACAAGCUGCAGCAGGUUGAGGCGAUGGUGAAGGAACUGCAGGCGAAACUUUUGUCUGGUUUCAACGAUGCCCGACUCCAACAGGAACUCCAGGCCGAGAGAGAGACCUGCAGUGACCUUAAAACUAAAAUGAAUCUCAUGAAGCAGCAGUUCGUGAAAAUAAAAGAAGAGAUGUGGCUCCAGAACUUUGAGUUCAACAUGCUAAAGGAGGAAAUGCAAAGGCUACAUAAUCAACUUAAGAAUGGGAAGAAACUCAAGAGUCUGAGGAAGGACAAGAAACUAAACAAUACCUUCCAGGAGCAGGAAAUUAACCUCCAAGAUAUAGUUGAAAUGCAUGAACAGAACAAAAUAGAGAAUGAGGUCGCGCUGACCAGCAUCAACAACCAGCUGUAUGGUCUGAUCCAUGGCCAGAACAGGCUGACUGGACGAACGGCUGAACCCGAUCUCGAGCCAGUGAAGACAAGGAUUGAAGAGAAAAUCCUGUUCUUCAGAAAGCUUAUGGCUGAAACUGAGGAGCUGAAUGCCAGGAACCAGGAGGCGCUGCUCAAAAUGAGGAAGAAGCUUAAAGUAAAGGAAAUUGAGCUGUGCACAGAGAGACAGAAUGUCAGAAACACAAGGAUUCUGGUGGAGAGGAUAAAGGCUGACAUCCAAACCUGCUCAGACUUCAUCCAGCAACCACAGAAGCUGAAGAUGAACUUUGUUAAACUCUUCAAAUGCUACAUCAAGGGAGAAGAUGUGAGGGUCAGAGAGAAGACUGAGCAAGAGCAGAGCACCGGAUACUGUGAGAUGGAGCAGUGUUUAAAGAACCCUUAUAUAAAACCCCAGACUUUGGAGCCCAGACUUCCAGCAGCACCAAACCCCAAAAAGAGAAUCGUCGUUGGAACAGAAGACCAGGAUACCAAUCCUGGAGACUCCAAAAAGCACAGCUGGACGACGAAGAUUGACGCAGGUGUCAGCAUCUCGAAUGAUUCACCACAGAAAUUCAGAGGAUACUCUAUGAUGUUGCCCCAAUUGCUGGGUACAAGAAGCCAGAGGUUCAGAACGGCUAUACAGAUAAUGAAGCAAGGUCAAGAUGAACAACGGUCUUCCUCCCGUAAACCUGCAACAUUAGACGAUCCCCGGUGAUCUAGCGGUGUAGUGUAGAGUUCAGUAGUGUCAUGGUGGAUGGAAAAAAGCUGUUCCUGAACCUGCUGAUUCCUGUAUCUCCUUCUGGAUGGGAUGUGAUUCCUUGAUAAUGUUGUGAGCUCUGUGCAAUGGCAGGUAGUUGGGUGGCAGUGAUGCGUUGGGCGGAUUUGACCACCCUUUGCAGGGCUUUACGUUCACACACAGUGGAGCCUCCGUACCAUACGGUGAUGGAGUUGGUCAGGAUGCUUUCGAUGGUGCAGAGGGUAGAAUCGCGUUAAAAUCCCCGGGGACAGAUGCGAUUUCUUGAGACCACUCAAGAAGUACAUGCGAUGUGCUUUUUUAAGCAGAUCAUUAUAACAGCAAUGUUGUACUG